CCUCCACGAAAAAUUACAGCACCGGCCAUGGAAGUUCCGAUCCUGCCCAAGUCCGACGAAUCCAUACCUAGAAGCGAAGGGGAAGAAUAUUUUCGGGCGACAAUGCAUGAUACCGCAGAGUUCGCCUUGGGGAAAGAUCCAUGGCCGUUAAGGUCAAGUCCUUGCUCGGAAGCAGAAUCUAGAUUCAAUGAACAUUUUAAUCUUCUCUUGACGGAAAGAGCAGAAACCAUGACUCGGAAGCUCGAACAAGAACAAGUCGAAGUCAUAGGCGCCAUAGCCAGAAUGCAUCCUCCAGCCCUCGAUUUCAGCACACCCACACCAGACUGGCAAGGAGCUGCCCAUGGCCCCCGCGAGAUGUUCCUCUGGAUCCGCAACCAGAACAUUGGUCAUCUCACAUCAUCACCGUGGCCACGGAAUCGGCAAGAACAAACGGACCUGCGAUGGAUCCCUUUUCCAUCAUCACUGGGUCAUGUGGAUGUCAGGGAGUCUGUGGAAGAUGGGAGAGUGUUGCAACAUCUACUCAAUGGACGACGGUCUACGGCACUGCCCACGAGCGUCGAUUACGUGCGACAAAUACGCACCCUCAAGGUGCUACGUUCCGACAAUGACGACGAGGAGCUUCCGAUGCCUUGGAAAGAAGACCAAGCGGAGAGUAGCUCACCUGCGCCGAGGGAAAAUUUGAUGCAGCUUAUUAGAAAACGCAAACAGGAGCAAAAUGCUAUGGCUGAUCCCAUAGAUCAGGAGUCACCCACUGUGGGUGUCAAGUGCCGUCGGACCAGCACACAAUCGAAGCCGACAAAGACUCAUGGACCAGGCCUGCUCCUCGGCGAAAAUGAGAGCGACGCCGCGGGAAAGCUGUUGGCCAACUACAUGGACCUGCGAGGCGCGAAACGAGUCGAAAGCCCAUUCGAUCCAUUGUUCCCAAUCACCAAACGCAAGGCUUCCCAAGCUCCCGCGCCGAUCGUUAAACAGGUGUCAUCGAAGCAUGAAAUACCACAGUCGACAAUAAAGAAGGCCCCCGUGGACGCACCGGCCCCAGCUGUCAGGCACACAAGCGGCCCUUCGCGCAUCAUCAUCUCUACCACCCUUCCGCGAGAAAUUAUAUCAGCCCUCCAAGCCAAGCUAUCCGACAUCGAUCUCGUAGACCGUGACUUCUCUCGACACAACACUCGUGUCUGGUCCCCCGGAAGCGUCAAGACCGUAGAGAAGCCAUCCCCGCUAUCCUACGAAGCCGACAUCAUUCCCUCCCCAACGACAGGCAUCAUUAUCACAUCAAUCCUCAAAGUCCGACAAAAGCCUCUCCCAGGAUCCAAGACGCAAUUCUCCCAACUUCGCGAUCGCGUAGCGAGAGUCGCACCGCUCUACAAACAACUCCUCAUCCUCGUCUCGGAAGGCAACCCCACUGCGGAACACAUCGGACCCCUUAACGCAGCUGAUGCCGCGGUGUACACCUUCUUCGUCGCUUUCGCAUGCUCUGUCAGCAACAGCAAUGGCUGCACCAUCGAGGUGGCCUACGUGGCCGGCGGCCAAAAGACACUAGCUCACUGGACGUGCGCCCUCGUCUCGAUGCACCUCAAAGAAGCAUCCCACCAGGUGCAGCAAGUCAUCAUGUCGGAAGAGACAGAGUGGGAAGUCUUUCUCCGACACGCCGGCUUCAACAUGUACGCGGCCCAGGUCGCUCUCGCAGUCGUCAAGGGGGGUCAUCCAGUCGCAGAUGUAAACGGCGACGGCGGCGGUAACAAUCACCAAGACCGGACACUCGUACGGUUCCUGAGAAUGAGCCCUUCGGAGAGGGCGAGCGCCCUCACGGGCUUCCUUGGUGGUGGGAGUCUCGUGGACAGAGUCAAUGCGCGUCUGGGCUGAAUGUUGGAGUUCGCUAGCUGCAAGGGGAAGGCGUUCGGAAGCUGGCGAACCCAUCUGCACAAAGUUCGGAUGGAUUUCUUUGUGUGCUGUGAAAAGAAGGUGUUGAGGUAUGGUGUGGUGUCGGUUAACCAUACGUACAUUGCGUCGAACCCGCAUGGUGCGUGCGAUUAACCUUCGCUGCAGACGACGAUCGGUUGGCUCGGGCGAGGGUUUUGCAUGCGAGUUGGGACCACCAAGUGAUCUAAAUUGGACCUCACGUCUCAUCAUCGGUCCGCCGAGAACAGGGCCGCCAACUUGCCCAGGUAAAGUCCCGUGUCAGGCACGCAAAAAGACUUCCUCCCAACAGGUGGCGGCCUUGCCUACCAAGUGUGAAUCGUGAUACCGAGGAGGCCAAGAGUCAAGA